AUGAAAAGACUAUCGAUAGCGCCAUCUGCCUCGAGAAGGAAGUCCGGCAUUUCCCUUGAGGACCAGAAAGCCAGACAGGAACUAGAACAGCUAGAUCAGGACACCACCUUGGUGCUCCAGGGGAUCGAUAAAAGCCUUUCGAGAGCCAAUGCCAUUAUCAACGGUAAACUAAAGUCGGUGCUACAGGAGUACAUAGUGCAAAGCUCGAGGAUCAACCAGCACUGCGGGUUUUGGAAGAAAUUCUUUGAGCUGUCCGCCAACGUGGUUCUUGACAGCUACGAAGCGCCAAUUGCCGAGGUCAACGACGCGAAUUUGCUCCAUGAUGUGGAUGGAGUAGAAGACGUAGGAGGAGAAGAAGGAGAAGAAGAGGAAGAAUAUGAAGAAGAAGAGCGACAGGGAGGUUCGCUAAAACCUUUUUCAGGAUCCAAUGUCAAGAAUCCACAUGUUCGGGCCAUCAUCGAAGAAGGAAGUCCCACAUGGUCCACCGAGCAAACCAAUCUAUCAAAGGCAACCUCGUCUACUCCUCAGAGAUCCGGCCGCUCUGGUGGCCAGCAGCGAACGAGGUUUGCUCUUGGAAAUGACAUCAUCAAGGGGACGAAAUUGAUGGAGACGGUCAAUCUCCAGCACCCGUCAUCGAAUGUUGGGCCCAGGCAGUCGCCGCCAGAGAGAGGUUCCCCCAUACGAAUCCAGACCAUCAGACGGUCUCUCGAUGCGUACCAGCGGGUAUCGAUCUCGCCUCGGAAGUAUAGAACCCCGAUUUCAAGUAGAUCAGAGGCUAUGCAGAGCAUGUUGAACUCGUCUCCAACGUUCCCUGAACCACCGGUGUUGAAAUCCGAUAUACCAAGUGAAGCGUCGCGACUACCAAACACAACGUCUCCUCACCGCAGUAGCGAUGUCGAGCCGCACUUGCGAAGAUUUCCAAAUACCCCCAAAUAUGCUGGCAUAGGAAGCGGGUCGUCGCAUGGAACCCCUUUGGUGCGUGCGCUUGUGCGCGAUGAAGGAGAUAGUGGGUUGCAGCCGCCGCAGUUGGAAACGAGCAGCCAAAUAAGCACCCACGCAGCAGCAUUGAUCGAUAGCGAGUCGAGUUCGGAGCAGUUGCCGGUUUUCAACACCAUCGAGUUGACUAGCAGUGGCAGGCGGCAGGCGCAGGUGGAAAAAGAACCCCUUAGCAAGAGACGACGCGUUGAUGAUGCUGAUGGUGAAGAAGAAAAGGGAAAAGCAAAAAAAGAUGAGGAACAUGAAAUAGAUAAAGGAGAUCUAGUAGAUGAAGACGAAGAGGGCAAUGUAUUUUAUGAAAAAAAGGAUCGCAUGCUGCCGGAAGGUAAUGAGAAUCCCGAGGGCGAGGAUGCCAGCCAUUCAAAGUCGAUCUCGCAGAUAUACGCCGAGGAGAUAUCAAAGUUCAGACAUCAAGAAUACGCGGGCGGAGAAGUAGAAGAGACUGAAGCAGUGGAGGAGAUAACGGUAGGCGCGAAUCAAGAUGGCAAUGAUAUCACAGAGGGCUCCACUGCUGAUUUGGGACCACUCAAGGAGAGAUGGAAGUACUUCUCUGCUCUCUAG